CGGGAGCGGGCGGGCGGCAGCGGGGGCGCCGCUGAUGGCCGGCAGCCCCGCGGCGGGGCGCUGAGAGGCGGCGUUGGACAGCGCCGGGCCCCGCACCAAACCCCCUGCGGCCGCGUCCCUUCCCUCCGUCCAUGCUCCCGGCCGUCGCGGCCUCGCAGCGGAGCCGUUGGGCGGCGGCGAGAGAGGCGGGGAGAGAGGGAGAGAGCAGCGGGCCCGGCCCCGCGCCCGCAGGGCGCAUCGAGGAUAAUCAUCAGCCUUAAUAAGGAUUGAUUGUGUGCUACUCAUCGUCGUCCUGAUUGGAUACCAAACAGAAGAGCUUUGGCCAUUGCACUGAGGAGGUGAACAGUUGGAUGAGCGUCCCUGCUAAGGGGCACCGCUGGAAGAACCUUUAUGGGCUCCUAAUGACAUGCAGGUGGACGAUUUGCUUACGAUAAUUAAGGUCAACAUGGAUCUAUGGUUCUUUGUCCUUUUGCUUGGAAGUGGCCUGAUCAGCGUAGGUGCUAACAAUGUCACAACAGAGCCACCCACAACAGUGCCCACCUCCACCAGGAUCCCCACCAAAGCUCCUACAGCAAUUCCUGAUGGUGGGACGACGCUGAGAGUGAGCAGCCUCACCGUUAGCUCUCCGAUGACCACUUCUACCCCGGCGUCGGAGCCUCCUACAACCACAGCCACCAGCAUCUCCCCCAAUGCCACCACUGCCAGCCUCAAUGCCUCCACUCCAGGGGCAUCAGUGCCCACCUCUGCCUCUGUGGCCAUCUCUCUGCCACCCAGCGUGACACCGUCUGCCCCGCACACUGCACUGCCCAGCACAGAAGCGGAGACGACCGAGAGGAACGUCAGCGCGACGGUGACGACGCAAGAGACCUCUUCUGCAUCCCACAACGGUAACUCUGACAGAAGAGAUGAGACUCCAAUUAUCGCCGUGAUGGUGGCCCUGUCCUCCCUCCUAGUCAUAGUAUUUAUUAUUAUUGUGCUGUACAUGUUAAGGUUCAAGAAAUACAAGCAAGCAGGGAGUCACUCCAACUCCUUCCGCCUGCCCAACGGUCGGACAGAUGAUGCAGAGCCCCAGAGCAUGCCGCUGCUCGCCAGGUCCCCCAGCACCAACAGGAAAUACCCACCUCUGCCCGUCGACAAGCUGGAGGAGGAGAUCAACCGCCGCAUGGCAGAUGACAACAAGCUCUUCCGAGAAGAGUUCAACGCUCUCCCAGCGUGUCCCAUUCAGGCCACAUGUGAAGCUGCUUCCAAGGAGGAGAACAAGGAGAAGAACCGCUACGUGAACAUUUUGCCCUAUGAUCAUUCCAGGGUUCACCUGACUCCUGUUGAAGGGGUUCCUGACUCUGACUACAUCAACGCCUCCUUCAUUAAUGGGUACCAAGAGAAAAACAAGUUCAUUGCUGCACAAGGACCAAAGGAAGAAACAGUGAAUGACUUUUGGAGAAUGAUUUGGGAGCAAAACACAGCAACGAUUGUCAUGGUGACCAACCUGAAGGAGAGGAAAGAGUGUAAGUGUGCUCAGUACUGGCCAGAUCAGGGCUGCUGGACAUACGGGAACAUCCGCGUUUCGGUGGAAGACGUGACGGUGCUGGUGGACUACACCGUGCGCAAGUUCUGCAUUCAGCAGGUAGGUGACGUCACGAACAAGAAGCCUCAGCGCCUGGUGACGCAGUUCCACUUCACCAGCUGGCCCGACUUCGGGGUGCCCUUCACCCCCAUUGGGAUGCUGAAGUUCUUGAAGAAGGUGAAGACGUGUAACCCCCAGUAUGCAGGAGCAAUAGUAGUGCACUGCAGCGCCGGGGUGGGACGCACGGGCACUUUUAUCGUCAUCGACGCCAUGCUGGACAUGAUGCAUGCCGAGAGGAAGGUGGACGUUUAUGGCUUCGUGAGCCGGAUCCGGGCUCAGCGCUGCCAGAUGGUACAGACAGAUAUGCAGUAUGUGUUCAUAUACCAAGCACUGCUGGAGCACUAUCUCUAUGGUGAUACAGAACUGGAGGUGACCUCGUUAGAAAUCCACCUCCAGAAGAUCUACAACAAAGUGCCAGGGACCAGCAGCAACGGGCUGGAAGAGGAGUUCAAGAAGCUCACUUCCAUCAAAAUUCAGAACGACAAGAUGAGAACGGGCAACUUGCCAGCCAACAUGAAGAAGAACAGGGUGCUUCAGAUAAUUCCAUAUGAGUUCAACAGAGUAAUCAUUCCAGUGAAGAGAGGUGAAGAAAACACAGACUACGUUAAUGCUUCUUUUAUUGAUGGCUAUCGCCAGAAGGACUCCUAUAUCGCCAGCCAAGGGCCACUGCAGCACACGAUAGAGGACUUCUGGAGGAUGAUCUGGGAGUGGAAAUCCUGCUCCAUAGUGAUGUUAACAGAGCUGGAGGAGAGAGGUCAGGAGAAAUGUGUAGAAGAGACCAAGGAAAAUGUCUACGAGGGAUGGGAAGAGGGACUGGUAAACAGAAAUAUGUCCUCUUUAGAAGUCAAAGGGCUGGGUGAAAACGCAGGUCAGAUUGGGUGAGAACUUGUAAAAAGAAACCAAGACAACUGGUUUACAAAAAGUCCCUUUUGUAUGACUGAAAAGAGAGGAAAAAAGCUGCUACAGUAUUAUAAAAUACGAAAAAACAACAGAGAAAAUCCCAAAGCCUAAGCAAAGCCACCUCAACUAUCAAUUACAGUGAAGAUGUGAGAGAAACUGCUGCCUCUUUGCAGGAUCCUCCAACCAGAUUCCAUUGCCGCGUGCUUAAAGUCUUGCAACCAACACUGCAGUUCCAAGGAAUAGAAAGCACUGAGAUCUGAAGGGAUGGGGAACUGCUGUUUUCUAUUUCAAGGGGGGCUUAAAGUAAUUAGAUCAUACUUACAUGAAGCCUGUUAAACAAGGGACCACAUGUCAUACGACUGCAGAAAAGUAAAACCAUGAGCUGCAGUUCAGUGAAUCCCUGCAGCUACUGGUCUGUCGAGCAACAAACGUGUCUACAGAACUCCAGUUGUACGUGGUUUUAGAAUAGAUUUUGGAGAAAAGCAAUAAACAGCUGAAGAAAGACACUAACAAAAUAUAAUACCUGAUUCACAUGGCUUACAUACUGAGGAACACCUGGUCUCAUGCACAGUCUUCGUUCAUGAGAUACCACCUCCUAGACAAACGAUACGUUUCAUCCACUUGAACUCAAGCAAAGUUUGAUGCCAGAUCAGAAACUGAUAAAUCCUAAAAACUGUGACUUGGUUGCUGA